CAUGAAUGCGGUUUAAUGGACAUAAUUUUUCGCCGAUUCACUUUUUUCCUUCGCUGCCCUAAUCGCACCUCGUGUCAUGUUCAAAACUCACCGGCCGUUUAACUGCGAUUUCGAUUCUAUAACCGGUAGAAGCCACAGAAAAAGGCGUUCAAUGAGAUAUAUAAGGACCAAUCUUGUAGUGUAAUUGACAAGUAUUACUCGUGAGGAGCUGACAGUUUGUUUCUUUUUCUAAUGAGAAUUACACUUGGUCCUUCGUAUUGUUUUGUUUAUAUUGUGAACAUUGGAUAAAAGUGACAUAAAUUUGUGAACUGUGCCGAUUUUCAUAUGCGUUUUUGUCGUUGGUGAAUUUGUGCUGUUUGUGCGAAUUGUGAAUUUUUAAUUUUGAGAACGCUUACAGUUUUGUUCUAUGUUGUAAAAUGGAUUAAGUUAAGCGUUUUCCUAUCAACUGGCGCCAUUGCAUGGAGUACCAGCGUGGAGAAGGUCAAACGAUUUGGAAGUUUUAAUUUUUGCUAUAAAUGGAUUCUUUGACUGGGUUUUCUUCUGGCAAUCGUAACCUUCCAUGGCUUUGGAUUAUUGAGUAUUUAGCCAGCUUCAAGCAAGUAGACACAUCUGUUUUGCAUGAUUUGGUUGAAAUGGCCCCACAGUUACCUGAUGAUUUGGCAAAAAAUACGAGGGAAAUGGUCGCGUUGAGAUGUUUGGAGGAUAUGUUUGGUGAAUCAAAUGAACCUGACUGCAUUUCAGAUACAGAGGACAAAGUUGGAUUUGCUUUUACAGAAAGCUGUGAAGAUGUUCUUCAACACAUACUGCAGGAGGCAUCGGCUUUAGAUCUCAAAAUGGAUGGACCAGAGUUGUUGAAAUGGGAUGUUCAUCCCUUUAUUAUGCAUAAAAGAGCUUUUAUGCCUAAAUGUGCUUUACAACAGCUGAAAGGUAUGAUUCUUGAAGGUAAUAAUCCGUUGGCUGCCUCCUUGAAGGAAAGUAGUGGACUGAUGUGUGUAAAUGGGAGUGGAAGAACCCUCACUGCUGAUGUCAAUCAUAAUGCAAUGACAUGGAGAUUUAAUGAGACAGGCACUCAUGUCCAAACAAUGGCUACAAAUGAGAGUUUGAUCCCUCCAACCUGUGAAAAUGAGAAUGAAGCAUCAGGAAAUAAUUUGCAUAAUACAAAUUUAUUAGCUUCUAAGAGGAACAGAAAUGAUUCAAAUAACUUGGCUGAUGAUGAGAAUAUGGAAGGAGACUUCAAUGAGAUUCAAGGGGAAUUUGAUCUCCAUUCUAAUGUCCAAAAGCUUAAGCAGGAUGCAAAUUAUACUGAUAAAUCUCUAGUACAGAACUCAGUUCCUCAGCCUUGUUGUGAGUCAUUAGAAAAUCUUCAAGAAAGAGUUGUUGGAGUUGAUGGAGGAGAAGGUUGUGUUGUUGCAAACCAAUCUCAAGAUGCGGGCAUGGAGGAAAGCCAGUUUCCAGAUGAUGGCUGUUCAGAGAGGGUUGGACGGGGUGGUGAUCUUAAUGAUGACCAAAUCAAGGAUAAUCAAACAAUGGUUGAUCAUAUUCCUGAUAAAAUGUGUCAAGAUACAUCUGGAGAUGAAGCUAUUCAAAAUAUGUAUGUGGAUGAAGUCAAUGUUAAUGAACCAAGAACAUCAACAGAUGCAACCUUAUUGGAAACUCAGCUAAAUGAUUAUGCAAAUAAGUCUAAAGGUCAGACGGAGUCUUUGCAUGAAGAAGAAAUGUCAAGUGACGAUGAUGAAUAUCUGAAUGAGAGAAAUGAUGUUGCCAAGACGAAGAGUCAUUUCUUCAGCUCCCAAGGCUUCUUAGAGAAUGAUUUCCUGGCAGCAAGCAGCUUUACAGAACAAAACCUUUGUAUGAAAUGUAACAAAGAUGGUCAGUUGUUGGGUUGUAACACUAGUAGUUGUCCACUGGUGGUUCACGAGAAUUGCUUGGGUUACCCUGCACAUUUUGAUGAAAUGGGAAAUUUUUAUUGUCCUUUCUGUGCAUAUUCUCUUGCCAUUUCUGAAUACCUGGAAGCUAAGAAGAAAGCUUCCAUAGCAAGGAAGAGACUAGCUUCAUUUUUUCAGAAGAGUUUGCAGCAGCAUCCAAAUGAAUCUGCUGAGGAGUUGCACAAAAAAGAGCAGACUCAUUCUAGACAAAAUGGAACAAAUGAAAUUUAUGAUAAUGGUCACUGUGGAGGACGAAAACAUAACCAAGUGAAACAAAAUGGCCAGAAAGUACAUGAUUUUAGUGAUCAUCUUUGUCAGGAAAGUAUCAGUAACAGGAAUCAAUCAGAGCCUUCUGCAUCAUGUUUCAAGAACAAUUUGCCUUGUAUAGAAGAAAUGGCAAAUUUAGCUAGUGCAACAGUUUCUGUUUCUUACGGAGGAACGGUAGGGAAAAAGAAUAUAUUUGAAGAGCGUCCAUCAGUAGGAGCUCUUGUAGAAAAACAGGAUCAAACACCGAUUAACUGUAGGUCUGAUGAUGAUAAUUUAACCCGGACAGAUGCAGAUGUAGCCCCUGUGGAUCUGAGAGAAGCUGAAGGGGAAAAUGCUAAGUUCAAUAUUUCUAGUUACUCAAUACGUGUCCGCAAGCAAGAGAGGCAGUAUACAUACCCUGCAAUUCCUCAGUUGAGACGGAAAAAAGUUCCUUGGACAGCUGAAGAGGAAGAGAUGCUUAAGAAGGGGGUAAAGAGAUUUACUACUGGUGUUGAUGAUAGAAAUAUUCCAUGGAAGAUGAUUUUAGAAUUUGGUAGUUCUGUGUUUCUGAAAGGUCGUACGGCCAUAGACUUGAAGGAUAAAUGGAGAAACAUGUGCAAAGGAAGUCCAAGAACCAAAUGAAAUGUUGUCAUGGAGGUCUGUUUUCUCAUGUAAAUACAUUUUGCUAUCUUCUCUGCCUCUCUAAUAUAGUGAACCAGAGAUUAGUAACUUCUGAUAGUCAAAGAUCGUGUCAAUGUAAAUCUGAUGUGAUAUAUAUGUUGUAUGCAAGUUUUGCUUAUCGAUCACCAUUUCUGUAAAUAAUUAUAUGUAGUUCCAACCUAAGAGGAUAAGAACUUGUUAAA